GUGUUGGUGCUCCGGAAUCACGGGGUGAUGGCUCUGGGAGAAACCGUGGAGGAAGCUUUUCAUUACAUCUUCAAUGUGCAGCUCGCCUGUGAGGUCCAGGUACAUGCCCUGGCCGGGUCUGGAGGCAUAAACAACCUUCUGAUGUUAGACCUGGAGAAGUACAAGCCCGUCACACAUUCCUUGGCCGCAGGUGGCGGGGGCGGCGUGAACAUGGAGGGGCAGCACAAAUGGAAAGUCGGGGAACUGGAGUUCGAGUCGCUCAUGAGAAUGCUGGACAAUCUGGGUUACAGGACAGGGUACGCCUACAGGCAGCCGUUGACCCGAGACAAGCCACGUCACAAGAGCGAGGUGGAGAUCCCCGCCACCGUCACGGCCUUCUCCUUUGAAGACGAGCAGGGGCUUCCACGUUCUCCACUGAAAUACCUGCAACAGAAGCAGCAGAGAGAGAAGACGCGUUGGCUGAACUCUCCGAACACCUACCUACGAGUCCACGUCCCCGAGGAAUCCAUGAACGGAGAGAUGAGCCCCAGGACGAAGAUCAUGUGGAUGAAAGCCGAGGAGCUCAACAAGAAUUCCGGCGGAUUCCCCAUCAAGAUUGAAGAUCCCAACCAGUUUGUUCCAUUAAACACCAACCCGUCAGAUGUUCUGGUGAAGAGAAACAAGAUCCGGGAGCAGAAUCGGUACGAUCUAAAGACAGCCGGACCACAGUCACAAGUCUUGGCGGGGAUUGUGGUGGAGAAACCUCCUCCUAUGACGCACUUUGAAGAGGACGAGAAUGCGCCUCCUCUCCCGCCAAAUCCGUUCAGCCAGUUAUUAGAGGAGGAGAAAGGAGGAGAGAACGGGACACAUGAUGCCGAGCAUGAGCUAAUGUCAGAAGACGACUCUUCUGCCCCAGUAACUCAGUCCCCACCCCCGACGCCCGUAAGCUCCACAGAACCCCUCGACGACUCGGUGUUCCAGACUCACUCCCCCAUCAUCUUGAAUGGCAAAGAUGGCGGAAAACACGACGCAGAGGAGGACAUGACCAUCCGGGUUAGUCAGAUGAACUUGGGCGACAACAUAGAGAUCACCGUGCGGGGCACCGAAAAGUUCAUCGAAGGCGAGCUGACCCCUGAAGGGUCUCCUUCCAAGUCCCCCAACAAGAAGAAGAAGAAAUUCCGCACCCCGUCCUUCCUGAAGAAGAACAAAAAGAAGGAGAAACUGGAGGCAUAACCCUAGGGUGGGGGCUUUAUGGGUUAAAACCAGUUUCAUGCUGCAGGGGGCGCUGUUCUCUUCUGGGAUAUUGGGGGUUUCCAGAACGCAGCCAUUCUCCUGCUUAUCAUCUUUGUGUUUGGUGUACAAAGCCGUCGCCUCCAGCAGCAGCCAUGAGCUUUUCUUAGAGCGCCCGUCUGCCGGGGACACCCCAAACCCCCCCUCCGCAUCCUGGACUAUUGCAGAACCAGCUCCUCAUUUUCUGUGCAUUUUAUUUUUAAUUUUAUUUUUUUUCUAUGCUACAAAAGUGACUAAAUUUUUUUUUGUUUUUUUUAAACUUUAAAGUUAUUUUUUUACAGAACAACCGUAAGAUGCACACAAUAAAGAUGGCGGUGUGUGGGCCCAAAUACAGUAUAUAUACACCUGGAAGAUUUUAACCAUUUAUUUUCAGGAGACGGGUGUUUUAUUUUCUUUUUUUUGUGAAAUUUUUUUGUAAUGCGGCUGGAAUAGUGUAAACUGGAAUAUAUAAUCUCCCUCUAUAUUUAUGUUUCCCAAACGGUGGACCUCUAGCUGUUGCAAAACUAGAACUCCCAGUAUGCUGGUUGUUGUAGUUUUGCAACAGCUGGAGGCACCCUGGUUGGAAAACACUGUUCUAUAUGAUUGUAUUGUGUGAGCACAGGCCUGACCUGGGCAGGGGAGGGGGCACGGUUGUCGUGCUCUGCGUUCAGCGCCACAGAUAUAGCGGAGUUGCCUCGUUCACAGUGCUGCACCCUAUAGGACUGCAGGACGCAACCGCACGGUCCUGAUUGGAUUGUGACCUAUUUUUGUAGAUUAUUCGGGAAGCUGCUUACCUAAAUAAGCAAACUAAAAUUUUAGGCACCAUUAACUGGGCGGGAGGGAUAGAAAUUAAAUUACAUUUUUUUUUAAAUGUAUUUGAAUUGUUUUUUUGUUUUUUUUAUUUGCCAAAUGUAUUUAACUCUGUGCUGCCAAAGGGCUUAAAAGAAAACCUAAAUUUAUUUUUUUUCCACAAACAGAAACAGGAGUAAGUGAUAUUCCUGAUGUUACAGAGUGGUGGCGUGAAAUUGUUAUUUUCUUAACAUUUUAUAUUUUCACGUUUGCUGUGAAUUAUUUUUCAUCAGAAGCCAUUCAACUUUAAUGUUGGAAAAAAAAUGUAUUCAUGUCCAAAAUUUUAAUUUUGGAGAAUACCACACAGGCCUUAUCGGAAAAUAAGUG